AUGACGUGCAAAGGGUUCAAAAAAUUUUUAGAAAACCUUCAACUAAAUGAUAAUUCCAAAGCUCCUGCUAAAACAAGUAAUGAAUAUGACAAACUAUAUAAAGUUCGGCCUGUCUUGGAAAUGUUGAACAAUGCUUGUCAAAGAGAAGCUAAACGAACAACCUCCCAAUUCAUAGACGAAGCAAUGAUACGAUUCAAGGGUGUAUCAUCUUUGAAACAAUAUAUGCCUGCCAAACCUAUCAAAAGGGGAUUCAAGGAUGUUAACUUCGAGAGCUCUCUGGUGCAAAAGCAGCAACAGCUAGAGAUUGAAAGUAAACCACCAGAACUUGUAGACGUACAUGCUUCUGAGCUUUGCAUAUCUCAUACUGCACCUACAAGUACACCAGAGUCAUAUCCCACACUAGCAGUUUCUGUUGCACCUGCAAACAACAAAGAAGAUAACGCAGUCAACGUGCCCGUUUUAUUCAAGAAGAAACAAAAAGGCCUUGGUUAA